GCUGCGAUGGCUCUGGUGCUAUUCGUCGGUGGCUUCUACUUGCUUGCUCGGGUGCAGAAGCCCGUUUUCGGACAGCCCGUACAAAGAGAUACCUGGUCCUUCUCACAACAAAGGGCUGCAACGCGAGCGCCGCGGCCCAGCAGCCAGAUGGGUUCACAGAGCUCCCUGCCUCCCUCUGGGGAGCCAGAAGCGUUGGCCGUGUGUGAGGACCUCGUCGUUCCCGUCGGUACAGAGUGCGUGCUGUUUCUGCCGAACUUAGCUGAUGCCACGGGCCAAGAGGUAUCCGUGGAUGAUCAUCGGGGCGUCAGCGUCUUCAAGGCUCGCUUUGCCAAGACGCCGAAGCAGGACAGUGUACGCCUCUCCUUGUUGAGCCCACAAGACGAAGUUUUCUGCACGCUUCGGCAAUCUUUGCGGCCGACAACGCCAGGCUUCGCCAUCUUCGGGCCGGGCGGUCCGCAAUUUG